ACAACGACAUCCGGGUCGGGUCGCUCACAUGUCAGUCGCUGUAACUUUCAGAAGACGUUCAAGAAUGUCCAGGAACGCCGCGAGACAGCUGUGAGCUCGUGCCCUGCUAGAGGAAAUGGCUCUGAUGGGGGUUCAGCUGGUGGUCAGCCUGCUGGCUGCUAGCAUCAUGCAGAGGAUGGCUCCUCACUUCUCCUUCGCUCGCUGGCUCCUCUGUAACGGAAGUUUAUUUAGGUUCAAGCAUCCUUCAGAGGGGGAACUGUGUGCGCUGGCAGGGAAGCAGAUGCCCAAGCAAAACAGGAGAGACAGUAGAAAACAAAACGGUGAGAGCAAACCUCUCACGGUGCCCAAAGACAUCGACCUGCACCUGGAGACAGCUCCCGUCAAAGCGAUGGAUGCCCUGGUUCUGCGGUUCUUCCUGGAGUACCAGUGGCUGGUUGACUUUGCAGUCUACGCUGUUGGAGUCUUCCUCUUCACUGAGUGUUAUUACAGCGUAGUAGACGCCAGCAAAGAGGUCAACAUUGGAGCCAUGUGGUGUCUCCUAAUUGUUGUCUUUGGUCUAAAGACCCUUCAUACUUUGAUGAGCCACUACUUCCACUCAGAGGAGGGGGGGGAGCGCUCCGUGUGUCUGGCCUUUGGCUUCCUCUCUCUCCUUGUGGCCAUGCUUGUGCUGGUCGUCAAGGAGGACUACUUGGAAUUCGGCCUUGAGUCCGGAUUUUCCAGCCUGUUUGACAACUUGGAAAUCUUUGCCAAGCAGCAGGGCUAUGCGGAGUGGUCCAUCCCUGUGACCAGGCUGACCGUCAAGCUCUUUCUGGCAGCUGUGUGUGCGUACAUCGGUGCCCUACUGGCUUUUCCUGGACUGCGUCUGGCUCAGACUCACCUGGAUGCGGUACAGAUGAACUCAGAACGCCCUUUAAUCCAGAUCCUGUUGCACAUGGGUUUCUUGUCUCCAGUCGUGGUUUUGGUCCUGUGGGUGAAGCCUAUCGCUAGAGACUUUCUGGCAAACGCACCGAUGGGAAAGACUUCUGUCACUCUAGUGUCCAGUGCCGCAUUUGACAGCAUGCGCUUGUGGAUCAUCGUGGCGCUGUGUGCUCUGCGGCUGGGCCUGAUACGGUACCACCUGCAGGCCUACCUCAACCUGGCUAACAAAUGGGUGGAGCAGAUGAAGAAGGAGGCGGGACGCAUUGCUGCUAUUGACAUUCAGAGAAAGGUUACUCGAGUAUUUUGCUACUUGACUGUAGUUACUCUUCAGUAUCUGGUUCCUGUUUUCCUCAUCCUCUUCUCCACUCUCUCACUAAAAGCCCUGGGGGACUUCUCCUGGGGAAUGGGGAACGAGGAGACUCCUGGAGUGACUCCAGCCUUGGUGAUGUCCACAGCAGCACCUGUCCUGUCCGGUGGGGUGGAUGAAGAUGAAGAUGGGAUGGAGGACAUGGAGGAAGACAUCCAGGCCACAGCAGCUCGCCUGUCGGAGACCUUUACGGCUCUACGUUCUGUCCUUACCCCACUUUUCUUCCGCGGUUUCUUUGCCUUCCUGACCUGGUGGGUGGCUGCCUGCCAAGUUAUCAGCUCCUUGUUUGGGAUCUACUUCCACCAGUAUCUAAUGCAGAACUAGAGCAGCUGAGGGGCUGUGGGCUCAUUUUUCAGCUGUGAGGGUGUCCUCCUGCAGAAACAGAGGCCUUUUAUGGAAAUCCUACAACAGACAAAGUUUGCUUUUCUGUGCAGCUCUGUGGUCAGAGAGGCAGUUCCACCAGCAGACUACAGCAACACAAAUAUCCAAAACAGCUGGGGCUUGUUUCACACAGGAGGUUCUACACGGUCAGGUACACGUCUGAACAUCUCUGCUCUUAAAGUUCAGGGAGUUCCAGCAUGAUGCAGCCUACAGGACGGCCCAGACCUCUGCCACCGCAGAGGGUCUUCAUGGCUGUCAUUGCAGUUUCGACGUCUCACUCUGAUCUUAAAGAGGAGUUGAAUGAAGAAGUUCAUUUCCUUCAUGCAAACAGCUGCUGUUUCAUCUGUUGUCCUUAUUCUUUUCCAGAAAUCUUGACCCUCUACUGAUUUACAAAAUUCAAAUUCAAAAUUGUCUGUGCCAAUUCUAUAGCAUUUUAGGAAAAUGUACGCUUUCUUUUCUGAGGUCUUUGUAGCAGAAAGACGAGUCGCAUCGUAACAAACACGGCUUUAGACUCUAUUAAAUCCAUAGAUUUAAGAGAUUUAAUCUGUGGUGGGAGCGUGUACAAAUAGACAUCAAUUGGGAUGUGGCAGCAAUACAUGAAUAUCCAUGGUAAUCUAUACUUCACCAUGGUUUUUUCUGCUUCAAACCAGGAAAAAUGUUUCGGUGUAAAGCUUGCAGGACAGAUGAUCCAUCCAGCUGUGCAGAUGUUUUCUGACGCUUCUGCCUGAAGCUAAACCUGCCAGAUACUUUUAGCCGUUAAUGAUGUCAAAUGGACUGUUGGAUAUUGGCUGGAUUAAAAAAAAAAACAAAGGUAAAAAUUGGAAGUAAGAACUGCAAUAAUUGUUUUUGAUUAUGUGUUUGAUUUGCUCUUAACAGUCAGUUGAUGACAAAACUGUUAUCAAUGGUCUAAUGAUAAAAACAGCAGGAUGUGCUCCUGUGACGCCACUACAACUACAGAUAGUCUGAGAUGAGCUGAAAGGCUGAAAAACUAGCUGAUCUGACUUUAUUCUACAGGCCCCUUCAGCCCCCCAUCCAGCCCCCCAUCCAGCUUCAUUUAGCCGUUUUCUCUGCUGCUGCUGCAUUUGAAUGCUACCUUUGAUAUAGUUGUUGGUGGAUGAUAGUACAUACUUUUUGUACGGGAGACUUGGUCUCUCUUAAAGAACCGAUUCAAGAGUGCUAAUUUAAAUUUUUGUUCUCAUUGGGAGCUGACUGAGUUGCAAAUGAGGUGAGAGUGUUAUGAGUUUGAAGUUAUUUGUUGAAGUUAAGCACUGGAGUGUCUGUUUAACCCCGGGGUCUGCAGAAGCCGAUGAGUUUGUCUUGUUUGAAAUGUCUGGUUUUUAUGCAGGUAGUGGAUUCCUCUCAAUGGCAAACAUGCAACAUUUCUGUCUCUGGAUGUUCUUUCCAGACUCUCCCUUUCAUUCACAUUUUACUAAACUUGCUUUUUUGACCUGUUUUUAUUUAAAACUCUGAAUAUUUAAAAACUGCUUCUUCAGUUAAAUUGUUUUCCUUGGUCUAAAAUGAUGCUGAAGGCUUUUGUUUAGUUUGCUUCAGUUUUGUGUUGUUUUUUUCAGUGCAUGGUGUGUUGAAGAGCGGCAGAAUAAACAUGAGCCCUUUGUUGGACAUCGUCUUUUACUUGAGUUUUCCUGACGGAGUAGAUGCAUUAAAGACCUUUGCUGUGUUUGA